CAAGAACUAUUGAAACUAUUAGAAAGACAAGACAGCGAUAAGAGAUCGGCGCGGGCACUAAACAGAUUAGAUGCUCCAAGCUCGUUUACGUAAAACGCGAGAAUGCGAGCCUAGGUUGACUUGCAUACAUCUUAUAGCACACGCAAUGGCGCGUGCGCUGCCACGCGAGUUAGAAGGUGUUUGCUGGAUUUGGAUGGGAAGAGAUCAAAAAGUUUCCUUCAUUCGAUCAUCUUACCUCGCAAGCUGAAUUGGUUGAAACCACCAUCAGAUUUCAAAGUACUCUAAUUCAUUCGCCAGAUUAAAUCGAUUGUUGUCGCCAUGAAAACCCACGGAUCCUUCGCAGCCUUGUUGCUCUUGAUUCUCGCCAUCAUGACUUCCCUCACAUCCCUUGCAAGUGCAGGUGAUGAUACACCUGUCACUGUCAAGGUAUAUUUUGACAUCGAGCAUGAUAGCAAGGACAUAGGACGCAUAGUCCUGGGCCUAUUUGGAGGCGUGGUUCCAAAGACUGUUGAAAAUUUCAGAGCUUUGGCUACAGGCGAAAAAGGUUAUGGAUACAAAGGAAGCGCUUUCCAUCGUGUUAUUGAAAAUUUCAUGAUCCAAGGUGGUGACUUUACCAGCGGAGAUGGUCGUGGAGGAAAGAGCAUUUACGGUGAUCGUUUUGCCGAUGAAAACUUCCAACUCAAGCAUGCCGGACCAGGUACCCUGUCCAUGGCUAAUGCAGGAAAAGACACAAACGGAAGUCAAUUCUUCAUUUGCACAGUCAAAACAUCUUGGUUGGAUGGAAGACAUGUCGUUUUCGGCAGAGUGAUUGAAGGAAUGGACAUCGUCACAUACGUUGAAAAAGUACCAAAAGGUCAUGGUGACAAACCUGUUUCGCCCGUUAAGAUCAAGGAUAGCGGUGAACUACCCUUGGCUGCUCAUGAGAUGGAAGCUAUACAACAACCUUCCCUUCCCAAUCUUCCACUUCCCAAGGGUGACGUACCUACUCCCAUCGUAGCAGAAGGCAAGACUGUCACGAUCGAAGAAGCAUUACAAGCAGCAAAAGCCUCAAAGCCAUCUAGCAAAGGAAGUCAAAUCUCGACAGUUUCAUUUCUGUUUGGAUUCUUUGCCGUUUUAUUCAUCAUCUCUUAUCUCAUUCACAAAGCAGGCGGUCCUGGCGCGAUUGAAAUGGCAGUAGACCGAUUCAUCCUACGCAUGACAGGAAGACGUUUACCUGGCUCAGUUGUCGAUCGUAGCGGAGCCUAUUCUGCACUACCACGUUAAUCUCACUUUGUAUUGCUGUUCGUUUCAUAUAAUAGACAUCAUCUUGCAUGCCUGCAACAC